GAGUGGGGGGAGAAGGAGAUUAGCAGAGAACGAGGUUGUCCAGGAGCGGUAGCCACCGCGCCUGACACACAGUAGGGACUAAGGCUGUUUGAAAAGGCCUCUAGAUGGAAAUGCGCUGGCAGGGGCCGGAAUGUCCCCUUCUCGCCUUCUCCUCCCCAUUUCUACCACCGAAUUUACGUUCAUCCACCUAACCAAGGCCUUUCGGCCUCUAGGCGUGCCUUGAGCACCUACUACGCGCGGGGUUCAAAACUGGGCUGUUUAGAAGCUGAGGGCAGAGCCGCCUGGUGUUCCUUCCCUGGAGCUGCGUAAGGGCGCCCAGGCGGUUCGCAAAAGGCAAGGCGCACUGCCCCCUGCAGGCUGCUACGGAGACUGCUGCUUGUGUCCGAGGUGGGGAAGGGGCGCCAGUGACCGCACCUUGCCUGGGCUCCUUGGAGGUACCUUCCUGCACCUCUUCUUCCUUCCCCCAAAGCCAUGGCCUGGCUGUGUUCUAAAAUCCCGCAGUUGGCUGGAAAGAUCGACCAGAGUUCACCAGUCCAGCACACUCCCACCCUCCCCAUGGAUCCCAGGUCUUUUAUCAUCUCCGUCUCUGACCUUCGAGCCUGAGACUUGGAACUCCCAGAAUCUCAGUUUUCAUAUCUGUAAAAUGGGGUCAUCACUAUUACUUUACAAAUGUGUUGCACAGAGUUACAUAAAAUUGUGCGAAUACGUGUGCACGUGUGGAUAUACGCAUUCACGCAUUCACACUACAUAUGCAUAUCCACAUACGGUGACUCAAAGUCUGGGGAGAGGAAUCCCAUCUUCCAAAAUACUUAGUUUUGCUGAACAAAUAAAUAACAGAAUGAGUAGGGGGCCCCUUCCUCUGCCUUUGAACACCUCCACAAGCCUGGCAAUGUACUGUCCCUGCAUUUUGCCAGUCCAGCCUUUACCACUGGGGCAAGGCAACGGCCUGGGCCAGAGCAGGAUCUUCCCCUCACCUCACUGGGUGGGCAGGCCUGCGGAGGCCUCUUGAGCCCUUGGCUGAUGGAGAAAACAGGAAGUGUUGCUAGAAGAAAUGGCAGAGGGUUUUUUUUUUUUCGUUUUGUUUUUUUCUAAGGGGGUGUGGAUUCUGCUCAGUGUGGCUCUGAGUAGCCCGCUUGCUGACCUCAGGCCUGUGUUCCCUUUCUGGGGGCAAGCUAGGCAUUCCCCCAGCUGGACAUACCAGCAACCCUCUGACGUCAGGAACUUCCACAGAAUCGGCUGUCUGGAGCCUUUGGUCCCCUAGGUAUGGUGGGGUGGGUCCGUCUUUGGGCCUAGCAGCGAGGGGUCCUUGCAGAUCCUGGAGCCUCAGGGAUGUGAGGGGCUCUGUCUCCCCUCUGCACCAAGCAACCCCUAGGCCAGGAUAUCUCCUGGGGGCAAGUUCUCAGCAGCACCCUCCGCCCCCAGGAAGGGGUGCCUUUGAACCUCUUGGUCAGCUCACCUAGCUUGAGUCCCUUGCUGUGUGUGGCAAGCUGCUGACUCAGAGGAGUUAUAUUUGGACAGGGCUUUGCCUUACGGGAUCUAGACCUUAACCCUCUCCCCAGGCUCCCUCCCACACCAUGAAAAGCAACCAAAGUAAAGUAAAACAAAUCCACCAGUGAUCUCCUUAUCCUGCUUCCCAAUAAAUCCUAUAUACACAAAGGACAAGCACCACCCUCCCGUGGAAGAGCUGGCCUGGUCACAGAGAAUUCUAGAAUAAGGCUCACAUGCCCUUUGUUAAGUUGUGGACCACACGUGUAACCUUCGCUCCCCCCCUUGCAGACCCAAAGCUCUGAGAGCGCUCUUCUCUAAUUUGGGCACAGGAGCCCAACCUUGGGCCCCAGAGGAAGUCCCAGAGCCAGUGCGCAAUUGCUUUGUAAUUUGGCACCCGUCUGUUCCAGGCUCUGGUCUCAGUUUCACUCUCUGCAAAAUGAGAGGCUUGGAGUUCUGCUGACAUGGCCUUGGGGCAGUUAAAGUCUUUCUUCAUGAAGACAGCCUGUGCCCUGCUUGUUUUUUGCUCCAGCACCGUCCUCAGAACUUUCCGGGCAUUCCUGGCAUCACAGACAACAGGGCCACCCCGUGCAAUGACGCCUCCUUACUCACUGCGAGUGCUCCAGACUCCCAGAGCCCACGCCCGCUUGGUGAAGUCAUUCGUCAGCAAUUCUCAGCACCGGACAUUGAGAGACGCCCCAGAAGUUUCAGACUCCGGGGUCUGAAACUGGGCAGAGCCGAGGUGGCAUUUUGGGGGAGCCCCGAUGUUGUGUAUUGCAAACAGGGACCUUGGUGACUUCACCAGGACCAAUAGGGUUCCCACUCGAGCUGAAAAUGUUCAUAGAAGUCAUUUUGUUCAAUAUUUUCAUAUUAAUUCAAAAAUACUGAAGCCCAGAGGGGAAAUCAGGGGACCCUGAGUGACAGAGCUGAUCUAGAACACCAGUUGGUCUCAUAAACUCCAAAUAGUUGGGACCGUUUUCAGACUCCACCUUUCUGACCCGGAAAUGCCAGAAGUGAUCAUCAUCGCCAGGGGCUGUGGCGAGCAAACGUUUUGAGCUUUGUGGCCAGGACCAGAAGUGGACAUUCCCUGGGCAUACUUAGAUGAAGAAGCCGAGGCUCCGAGAGGUUGAGGCACUCCCCCCGAGAUCGCACAGCUGGUGACAGACGGCCCUCAGUGCCUCCGUCAAGCAGGCUGCUUAAUGGUGACAGCGUGGGAAAGACCAGGUUGUAAUUAAGUAUCAGCACACAUCAUCCCUUCCGGAGGACGGUGGCAAAGAUACCUUCCCUCUCUCCUGCACCGUGACCCUUCCUUUGAGGUCCUCACCACCACCCCCCCCCCCCGAGAGUCCCUGCAUCUGUCACAAAGAUUAAUUGCCCCUCAACCCCUUUGGAUGGGAACGGAAAUCAUAUUAUUAAGUUUGAUUAAAGCUUCGAGAGACACUAUUGGCUGUUUAAGGACUGCUGACCAAGCCGCCUGCUUAUCUCCUGGAAAGACAGAUUAUAUGCAAGGGGAAUCAACCUCACCCCGAGUGGUCACUUAGCCGCCGGCCAUCACAGGGUGAUGUCCGGCACACUGGGGUGGCCGCUGGCCCGCGGGAGCGAAGUCGGCCGCAGUCCCCCUGGGAGUCCCCGCCUCGCCUUGUGACCGAGCCUCCGUCUCUGGGAUUUUUUUUCCGCGUCCCCCCCGCUCCCGGGCGUGAUUUCCUCCAGCCCGUCCCUGGGAGGCGUCCUUCCGGACAGAGCAGAAAUGGUGACCGUGAGGAAAAGGACUCUCAAAGUGCUUACCCUCCUCGUCCUCUUCAUCUUCCUCACUUCCUUCUUCCUGAACUACUCCCACACCACGGUGGCCACCACCUGGUUCCCCAAGCAGAUGGUCGUCGAGCUGUCCGAGAACUUCAAGAAGUUCAUGAAGUACGCGCACAGGCCCUGCACAUGCGCCCGCUGCAUCGGGCAGCAGAGGGUCUCGCCCUGGUUCGACGAGAGGUUCAACCAGUCCAUGCAGCCGCUGCUCACGGCCCAGAACGCGCUCCUGGAGGAGGACACCUACAGCUGGUGGCUGAGGCUCCAGCGGGAGAAGCAACCCAAUAAUCUGAACGAUACCAUCAAGGAGCUGUUCCAGGUGGUGCCUGGGAACGUGGACCCCCUGCUGGAGAAGAAGUCGGGGGGCUGCCGGCGCUGUGCCGUGGUGGGCAACUCCGGGAACCUGAGGGAGUCCUGGUACGGGGCUCAGAUAGACGGCCACGACUUCGUGCUGAGGAUGAACAAGGCCCCCACGGCGGGCUUUGAGGCCGACGUCGGGAGCAAGACCACGCACCAUCUGGUGUACCCCGAGAGCUUCAGGGAGCUGGGGGAGAACGUCAGCAUGGUCCUCGUCCCCUUCAAGACCACCGACCUGGAGUGGGUGGUCAGUGCCACCACCACGGGCACCAUCUCUCACACCUACGUCCCUGUCCCCGCGAAGAUCAAAGUGAAAAAGAAUAAGAUCCUGAUCUAUCAUCCGGCUUUCAUCAAAUACGUCUUUGACAACUGGCUGCAGGGCCACGGGCGAUACCCAUCCACCGGCAUUCUGUCCGUCAUCUUCUCGUUGCACAUCUGCGAUGAGGUAGACUUGUACGGCUUCGGGGCAGACAGCAAGGGAAAUUGGCAUCACUACUGGGAGAACAAUCCAUCGGCGGGGGCUUUUCGCAAGACCGGGGUGCACGACGGAGACUUUGAGUCCAACGUGACGGCCACCUUGGCGUCCAUCAAUAAAAUCCGGAUAUUCAAGGGAAGAUGACGCUGCAAAGGAAAACUGAGGCACGCCUCUCUGUGUCCAGCCCCAGCCUCUCGCUGGGGCCGUUCUGUCCUGGGAGCUUUGAGGGCCAGCCUCGGGGGUGGGGGCGUUCAGGUGCCCCUCGCGGCCUCCCGCGAGCCAACAUUUGGCAGCGUCUGCUCAGCAAGGUCCCCGAGCCCCGCCGGGUCUGCGAAGGAAGUCUCAGAACUGGUCUUAGAUGGAGAGGGCCCCUCACUGCUGUCCCGGAGCUGGAGGGAGGUGGGGAGAUGCGGGGGAGGGUCCAGUCUCCAAACACCGAGGUCCCUUUGGCUUCUGGGGAGGGGGCAGAUACUUGGGACUCUGUGUUCUAAAGGAAAGGACAGUUUUCCGGGACGGAUGGGCGGAGACUUUUCCUCUGCCCGGGGACCCAGGGAAGACCUCAGGACAGAGCCGUGUUGGACCAUGUGGACACUGGGGGCAAGAUGGCGCCUUUCUUUGCACGAUGCCCGGCCCCUCCCUCACUUGGCUCGACAACCCCCCGCCCCCCGCCGCCCCGCUGUUGUCCCAAAGCUCAUUUACGGUGGCCGGAGAGGCUCCCCGCCCCGAAGGUCCUCAGAGACUCGUGGCAAAGCGUUUCAGGCCCCGGCAGAUGUCUUCUUCCCCAGCCGAUGUCCCUGGAGCGAUGGAUCUUUGUGGCUGUAACCGUGGCUGAGAGCAGAUCUGACCACUUCCGUGUGCCUUUGUGUCUGGGGAGAAACACGCGCAUUGGCCGAAACAAGGCAAAAGCCUUGACUCGGGAGAGGGGACCCCCAGCAAUGCCUCCCCCUUGCCCUGUAGCUCGGGGGAAUCUUUUCUAGUUUCCUGAGGCAGCGCCUGAGUUGGAGCAGAGCUAGGAUGACGGGCAGUGCUGUCCAGAGGCGCGUCAGCCGCGGAACAUCAUUCUUGCUUACAUUCACAGACCGUUGGAUGUGGCGCCCAUGACCUUCCAAGGCCACGCGUAUAACCUCCACCAGCCGGCACUUUCCCCAGGAAACCCACGCUCUGGGCCACGUCCCUGCUGGCCACCUGCACGGUGUCCCGAGGGCUGCAGGGCCAUCCCACGAACAUGAGUUUCAGAGCGGGAGAAGACAUACCUCAUUCUCUCCCUCCCGGGCUGCUCUGAUCUUUCCUCUUCAGCCUUCCUGAUUAUUUAUUGAUUUAUUCUUUUAACUCCACUGACGUCGUGUGCACUUUGUGGCUCUGUGGCUGGUCCUGACGGCUUAAUUGAGCUUGUUCUUGCUUCGCCUGGCAGCCGGGGAGUGGGGGAGCUUGAAUCUAGGGUCUUGGGGAGCUUCAGACUCGGGAUGGGGGGCGUCUAGGGCUUGGGGGCUUGCCGGUGGGCCGAUCCCAGGGCUUCAGGUUGGCAGCUUUGCGGGGUGCUCCGUAUCUCCUUCCCUUCGGCCCCACCUUCCUUCCUCGUCAUUGUGGAUUGGAUUCAGUCUCGGGCUAAGAAUCUCCAAAACAGAGCGGGACUCCCUUGGGGCCGGGUGGGGAGUGGGGUCACACGUAUAGGAGGACAGUGAUUGAUGGCUCUAGUUACUGACCCUUAAUCAGAAAAACCGUUUUUCCUGUUGAGAGCAUUUGCUAACAGGCCAUGCCACCUUGAGGAGGCGUGACAGCUUCCUGGGGGAGCGUGAGGCGUGCCAGUCUCGGAAGCCACGGGGCCUGUCUCCUGCGCUCUCGCGGCUCUCUGGCAAGCCCCGUUCUCCCGGCUGCAGCCUCUCCCUCUACAAACAAGGAGGGAGGCAUGUUGUCAGCUGCGGGGCCACAGGUGGUGUUGGGCAGUUCCCAGGGGUCCCCAGAAAUGGCAUGCUGCGUUUGUCUCCCCCCCAAGCCUGUGCAUAUGAGCAUCGUCACUGGGAGAGAUUCCUUAGCCUUUAUUAGAUUCUCAGAGAUUCAGAAUCCAGAAUGUGAUGUAUAAAAAAAAAAAAACAACAA